AUGAAAGCUUACGAUGACAUUGCAGUUAAGCAGGACUUGCUGUGUAAAGAGGAAAGACAGUACUACUACGAGACUGUGGACAGUGCUCAGAAAGGCUCAGAUCUGAAAAUGGAGGAGAAGAAACAAAGAGCUGAGAUGUUGAAAGCAAAAAGAGAAGCCGAGAGACUGGAGAUUGUGCAUCAGAAGAGGAUAGAACAAUAUAGACAACGUUGUCAAGAACUGAGACCACACUUGGCGAAGAAGAACUUGAUGGAGUCGAAAUAUUCUCAGCUGCAGCAAAUGAGGGAGAAUGAAGCUAGAAGAGAAUCUGACAGGGAGCUGGAUCAGAUGUGGCACGAGCUGACCAUGAAAGAAAUAGAAGCCAAGCUUCAUGUUUGGGACAGUCAAGUUAAACAGAAAGAAAUGAAGAGGAUUGAAAUGAACCAGGCGGCUGUUGAGGAAAGAAUGGAAAUGGAGAAAGUUAGUGAACAACUAAGAAGAGAAGAAAUCGAAGUAUUGGAUGCAAAACGUCGCAAAAGAGAUGCAGCUGCCAAAGAACUCCUGGAACAGAUUGCCAUCGAGGAACAGCUGCACGCGCAAAGAAAAAAAGAAGAAGAUGCUGUGGACCGAUCGUUCAACACUUUAGCUCAGCUUGAACUGGAAAGGGAAAAGGCUGCCAUCCAAGACACUACAGCCCAAGCCAAGAGAGAAACAGCUUUAUACAGAAAGCACUUGAAACAACUGGAAGAAGAACGAAAACUCGAAGAGAAAAAGUUGAUGGAAUUGUUGGACAUCCACAGGAAACAGGUUGAAGCCAAGCAGGCCGAAGCUAGGUGCAAAGUUGUCGAAGCGAAACGCAAACUUCAACAGGACGUGUUGAUGGAAAGAGCUGAGCAACUGAAGUACAAAAAACAAGAAGCUGAAGAGCAGCUGAAGCAUAAGGAAGCUGAAAAUGAGCUGUUAAAGAUGGCGUACGAGACCAACGAAAGAUUGCAAGCUGAAAGUGAUAGAUUAGAAAAAAUGGCAACUAUGCAAUACAGAGCUGACUUGAACAAACAAAUCGAAUACAACAAUGUAUUAAGAUUAAGAGAGAAAGAAGAACUAGAGCGUCAGCUGGCUGAAGGACAAAGGGAAGAAGAAAAAUACAGAAAAAUAGUCCAGGAUAUCCUCAUGGGAGAGAUAGAAGCUGGUGUAAAGCAUCCCUUCAGAAGGGCCAUGGAACAAACCGAUUGUUAUUGCCCUAAAAUUUAAUAUUCUGAAUAAAAGUUUCAGGGAAAUAGUUAAAAUA